ACUCGGACUUCUAUAUAAGAUAUCGAAGCUUCUACUUAGAGAUAUAUCGAGUAGCUAGAAUAUUAUAAGCCUGCGCUGAAAGAAGCACCAAAUCUAGCUGAUAUCAAGAGAUGGAGGAAGCACAGGGGAAACUCAAGGAUGAUGACGAGGAAGUAGCAGGUGGGAUUCUUCCUGGGUUUCGGUUUCAUCCUACAGAUGAAGAGCUUGUUGGAUUUUAUUUGCCCGUUAAGGUGGAGAAGAAAAAUAUUAGUACAAGAACUUCUACUAGAUUGGAUCAACUCAUCAGACAGAUUGAUAUCUACAAAUAUGAUCCCUGGGAUCUUCCAACAGUGAGCACUACUGUGGGAGACAAAGAGUCCUACUUCUUUUGCAGAAGAGGGAGGAAAUACAGAAACAGCAUAAGACCAAACAGAGUGACAGGGUCUGGAUUUUGGAAAGCAACUGGCAUUGACAAACCCAUCUAUUCAGGUAAAGAACCUCUAGAAUGCAUCGGCCUCAAGAAAUCAUUAGUGUACUACCGAGGGAGUGCAGGCAAAGGCACCAAAACUGAGUGGAUGAUGAAUGAGUUUCGCCUUCCACCUAAUGGGAAAAGUACCACCAACUUCCUCAAUGCCAAAGACAAUACACAAGAAGCUGAAGUUUGGACACUCUGCAGAGUUUUCAAAAGAAUCCCAUCUUAUAAGAAAUACACGCCAAGUGGGAAGGAAGAAGCCACAGCAACCAAGCAGAACCCUAAUACUACUUAUUCAAAUUCAAAAACAUGCAGCUUCGAGUCCGAGAACUGCAGUACUCACGAUCCAUAUUCGAGCCUCGAAGACUCGGCAGUCAUGCAACAUAUUAAUGAAAGAAAGCCAGUUGUGGAACAAGUCCAUCGUGGUGUAACGAAUAAUCACUGGUUUGAUGGAGCGCAGUUCGCCUCUCUAGCUGAUGAACACCAUCAUGAGGCAAAUUCAAUGACAGCAGCAUCGCGCAAUAGUUCAUCCUUCAUGAGGAAUGAGCUCUCUCUAUAUCCAAGCGAAACAGAUGAAUUCUUUACUGACGUCGGAAGCUGCUGGGAUGAGUUGAGACCAGUAGUUCAAUUGGCUGUGGAUCCAUCCACUAAGUUUAUGACUGUGUAUAGAUAAGCAAGUUUACAGCUAGGAGUCGAUCUGCAGUUCUGCUGUGUAUAGAAUGCUGCACGUUGAUCGACUUUACUUUUGAGUCAUUUGCUGUUUGAUUGAUAGGCAUGGAUAGGCAGGUUAAUUAAGAGUAUUAAAUAAUUAUGUAGUGACACUAUCAUGUUUCAACAAAUCUUUUUCCGUUAAUGUUAGUCAUUACAUUAUUAUGA